AUGCUGCAGAAGGGAGGCAAUACAAGAUCCGAACUUGGUGCCGCAAGAUCGUUUCUUUCGACAAGUACGCCACUGCCAGAUCAGUCGUCUCGAGACCCAUCACCUCCUCUGCCGCUCACGCAGCCUUCGGACCCAGAUGCGCCGGAAGCCGAGAGCUCGGACGAUCCCUGCAUUAUACAGACCAAGGACCUCCUGCGCAGGAGCUCGAAUGGUUCCGGGACUGGGCUUCACGUCCUCGACUUAUUGGAUCGUGGGCUGCUGCAGCCUGAUCGAGCUCUGUACAACAGCAUGCUGAGGAGAUGUACCCAGUUGAGGAAGAUAAAUGAGGGGCGGUUGGUCUGUGCCCACGUUCUCAAGUCGAUGUUCAAGCACGAUAGGCUUAUUCAUAACACGAUCCUCAACAUGUAUGCCAAGUGCGGUCUCAUGGACGAAGCUCGGAAGUUGUUCGACGAAAUGCCCGUGACAGAUAUGGUCACUUGGACUACUAUGAUCACUGGGUAUUCCCAGAACAACCAGUCUGAUGGGGCGGUCGCCUUGUUUCCACAGAUGCUUCGGAUGGGUUUGCAGCCGAAUGAGUUUACGUUGUCGAGCCUUCUCAAGGCUCUUGGGUUCUGGCCUAGUGAUAAGUGCGGUAGGCAGCUUCAUGCCUAUUGUUUGAAAUAUGGAUAUUGUUCGAAUCUUUAUGUAGGUAGUGCUUUGGUUGACAUGUACACAAGGCAUGACCGAAUUGACGAAGCGCAGUCGAUUUUCUGUCUGCUGGUGAACAAGAAUGAGGUCUCGUGGAAUGCUUUGAUUGCUGGAUAUUCUAGGAAAGGCGAGGGUGAGCAUGCUCUUUGCAUGCUCCAGGAGAUGCUAAGGGCUGGUUUCGAAGCCACUCAUUUCACGUACUCCAGUGUGUUUGGUGCCUUGUCGGCCACAGGAUCUCUGGAGCAGGGCAAAUGGGUUCACGCACAUAUGAUCAAAUCAGGGGGUCAGCUUAUUGAGUUUGUGGGAAAUGCUCUCCUCGACAUGUACGCGAAAUCCGGUAGCAUUGAGGAUGCUGAAAAAGUUUUUUAUAGGUUGUUGAGACGAGAUUUAGUUUCCUGGAAUUCACUGCUUACUGGAUAUGCUAAACAUGGGCAUGGGAGGGAAUGCGUGCGCAAAUUUGAAGAAAUGCUGAGGAGAGGAAUUCAACCGAAUGACAUAACCUUCCUCUGUGUUCUGAAUGCUUGUAGUCAUGCUGGACUUUUGGAUGAAGGGCAGUACUAUUUUCGUUUGAUGAAGAAGUAUAAUGUUGAGGCACGCGUUGUGCAUCAUGUGACGAUAGUAGAUCUUCUGGGUCGAGCAGGUCUUUUGGAUCGAGCGAAAAAGUUCAUAGAGGAGAUGCCUAUUGAACCUACUGCGGAAAUCUGGGGAGCAUUGCUUGGUGCUUGUAGGAUGCAUAAAGACAUGAAGUUGGGUGCAUAUGCAGCGGAGCGGGUUUUUGAGCUCAAUCCCAAUGAUUCAGGGCCCCUUGUGUUGUUGUCUAACAUAUAUGCUUCAGCAGGUAGGUGGGGUGACGUGGUUAAAGUGAGAAGGAUGAUGCAGAAGAAUGGGGUGAAAAAGGAGCCCGCGUGUAGUUGGGUGGAUAUCGAGAACAAGGUCCAUAUGUUUGUGGCUAAUGAUGAUUCUCAUCCACAUGGAAAAGAAAUCCGAAAGAUGUGGGAAGAAGUCAGUGCAAAGAUCAAGGAGAUAGGUUAUGUUCCGGACACUAGCCAUGUGCUUUUCUUUGCGGACAAACAAGAGAGGGAAUCGAGAUUGCAACACCAUAGUGAGAAGCUUGCUUUGGCAUUUGCACUCCUAAAAACACCCCCUGGAUCUACCAUCCGAAUCAAGAAGAACAUCAGAGUUUGUGGUGAUUGUCAUUCAGCAUUUAAGUUUGCAUCUAAGGUGUUGGAUAGAGAAAUCAUCCUGAGAGAUACCAAUAGAUUCCAUCAUUUCCAUGAUGGCUCCUGUUCCUGUGGGGACUAUUGGUAAUCAAUAAUGCAAGUUGCCAUAUGAAGCUGACUGUGGUGAUUAGUGAUUCUAUUGCUUACUUAUCUGCUGCUUUCAUCGGCCAUAAAUUCGGAUCAAUGGCAUUGUCUGCUUGGCGUGCACCAAAGCAGGUUUUGGGCCCUGCAAUAGUAGUAAUGAAGCAUCCGGUGGAGUUGGUGGAAUAAGAGUCCCUUUAGGCAGCUCCCAAAAAAGUAGAUCUGCAUGGCCAGUGAAUGAUCUUAAUCAAUGCACAGGGUAAUGCAGGAGUUUUGAAGGACUUAGGCUAUGGCAAACCUUGAAAAGCCAGAGAGUAGAGUUUUUGUCAUUGUGGUAAUCGGCCCACCAUCUGUUUCUUGAGCUUUGUCAUGUGGCAGCGAAGGAAGGGAUUAUCAGCCUGGUAUGUAAGUUGUCAUUUUGGAUCAAGGGAUAACGGGCAACCAUUAGGAUGGCGUCCCGAUUGAUGGUUGGCAUGCUCAUUGGAGACACAAAAUUUAUAGCUCGUGCACACUCAUACCGGAGAUAGAUUUCAUAAUUCUGGAUGGACAUGAAUCUUGUGUGAGAGCUUAUCCCUUGGUCAAUUUUUGUUCACACGGACUAGGCAAUCAAGUGAUGAAGCUUGAUAUCAAGCAUAAGACAAUUCUUAUGCUAGAAAAGCAUGGUCUUUUCUAGCAAAAGGCAUGAAUCAAUGAAAAGGAAAGUUGAAAGCGGAUGACAAGGAAGCAUGAGCAACCUUCUGAGUUUGGCGAGACGUAUGCCCAUGUAGUUGCCAUAAGAAUGAAACUCUUCUUUUUCCCAUGUCGCAUGGACAGCAUUCGCGCAUAUCACAGAAUAGGCAUUCGAAUGUCGAAUUUGACAGGUUAGAUGCCCCACAAGCUGCAUGUCGUUUCAAGGGUCAAGGUUGAACGGUACUAAUUCUUCCUAGAUCAAAUCUGGGUACCCUUUAGGAAAUGCGUCUUCUGCAUCAUUUGAGAUGGUGAUGUAAUCCCGUUCAGUUUCAAUUUUGACCCACUUCAUUGUUCAGCAGUGUCAAAUCCUAGAAUCAAUGAUCUGCAAUUUCGUAUUCUCUCCUCCCUCCUCCCCGAUCUCUUCAUUUAAGCAAAGCUUCCCUGUGUUUCACCAUGGUUUCAUGUACUUAGGCUCAGUGCCGAGGGUCGAAUGUCCGGCAAAAGGAGGGUGGAAUGAAAGAGAGAAAAUUCACAUUAUCUAGUUCUUGAUUCACAUAUUUCUGUCUUUUACUGGAGUCAUUUUCAAUGGUCAUGGGAUAUUGUCCGUAUAGUUGCCCAAUUUCAGACAUUUUCAUAACAAAUAAAACGCAUGACGUAGCAGUAUGAUUCAUGCUUUGCUGUUGCAUGAAAAAUGCCAGAUACAGGGUUUGUUGGUAAAUCAGCCUUUUUCUCCUUCCUUCCUCGUACUCAGCGAGGAAAAAAAGACAAAUGGACGAACCGGUUUCGCACCCAAAAAAGCUCCUCUCUGCCUCAUCAUCCCACCAUGAAUUAACAAUGAAUUAACAGGGAGAUCAAGGACAAAAGGUAGAGCUUUAAACAAGGGCUUCUCGAGUAAUAGUGACAUAGGAUUUGCCUAGAUAAGUCGAUCCUCAACCUCUUUCUAACCCAGAAAAAUGAGUUCCAAAGGCUGUGAAAACAUGUGUUGCAUUACAUAGCAUGCUGGAAGAAAGGGUUGUUGAAUCUCGCAUUGCAAUGUACAGAUGUACAUUCGUCCUAGAGAAAUGAAGGGUUACUGUUGACGAUGAAAAAUAUAUAGGAAACUAUAAAAAUGAAGUUUCAGGUGAGGUUGUAUGUGUGUGGGUGUGGGAGGGAGAGAAGGGAGAGGGAGAAGAAGGAGGUGACUCUUGGCAACUGCGUGGCAAGAAAAGAGCAGAAGGUGUGCCUUGGUGGACUGCGAGGCAACCAUGAAAACGAGAAACGCUCUUGCAUGGUGGUGGUGGUGUCUUCACCCUCACUAAUUUUAGUCCCCCCCUCACAAAAGAACGCCCACAACAAAAAGAAAAAAGAUUUAAUCCGCUUCAGGCGUUUCAAAUCCUCCCCGCAAAAAAAGCAACCGCCUUCACCUUCUCCUUCAUCCCUGCUGCACCAAUAUUACCCAAAAAAAAAACAAAAAACAAAGAGAGAGAGAAA